AAAUCUUUUCGGGGUCUCAAGCUCACCUUUUUAUUAAAUUUUUCAUCUUUAUUUAUCUAUUUUUUGAUCUAAAGACUUCAACUUUAAGCAAACGAAUGAAAUUUAUGAACAAAAAUCUCUUCUUUUUACUUUCAUGACAGUAUACAUAAGAGGCAGGAGGUGGGUUUUUGUUGGCAAGGGUGAAAGAAACAAUGGCGGGAAUUGGUAUUUUGUUAGAUCUAUGCAGGAAAAAUCCAAGCUUCUGCUCUCCGAAUAGCUUCCAUGGUUAUGGGUCUUUUUCUGCCUCAACCGCAGCUGCAACUGCGGCUGCCACCAUCGCCGCUGGCGUUCCUUUUGCUUCUAGGUGCCUUUUCGGUUAUCCAAAGAUACCUGUUGCUUAUUGUGAUGCUGGUGCAACACUGUCUGAUGCUGACAUAUUUAACUUGCGAAGAGUAUCUGGAGAUAUCUUUCAUAACAAUGCUCUUAAGUAUACCACGAAGGAGUAUAAGAUUGAGUUAAAACCCCUUCUUUCAGCUUUCGAGUUUAAGGCAUUUGCUAUGACAUCUUUGAGGUCAUUUUUGAUUUUUUAUCUGCCUCUUUUGGAACCUGCCACAAGCACAGAAGACGAUGAUGACAUUUUCCAUGAUGCUAAUGAAGAGCGUCAUACAGAUUUGCUUGUUCCCUUCAAAAAAUCUGUGAAGCAGAUUGCUCGUGAGACAACUGUUGUGACUACUAGACGGAUUUUUGAAAGACUGGCUGUUCAUUAUGUCUCACAGCGCAUGGCAUGGAAACUUCUUAAAGAUAUUCCUAAAUCUGCCACACGGAAGGCUCAAAGAGGAAUGCCGACCACAGUGUUCUUUCUUAGAGUUAGCAGAACAACCUUCAGAGGUCACUUGCUUGGAGUUGCGGCAGCAUGGUUUGUUCAAGUUGGUAUAGAAAUCUACCGCUCCUUGAAAAAAAUAACAAACUCUGAAGAUGAGACUGAUACUGUCAGCAGAUCACAAGAAGCUAAACUCUUUGGGAGGAAGGUUUCUGGUGUCACUAUCAAGUGUGGAGCAUCGCUGAUUUUUGCUUCUAUUGGAGCAGGGAUCGGUGCCACCCUCAUCCGUCCUUCAAUUGGUCAAUGGAUUGGUUGCGCUGUUGGAGAUUUGGCUGGUCCAAUUAUUGUAACAUUUUGUCUAGAUAAGGUUCUUCAUAUAGACCUCUAGAUCAUGCUGGAAAUAAAUUUUCUGCUUCAAAGUUGACCUUGUUUACUUAACACAGUUUUCUUAAACACACAACUUAACGGGAUUACAAUAUGUUUUGUUUGUCAGUAGCCAUUGAAGCAGGUAGUAAGAGGAAAUGCUUCAUAAGCUGCACGUAAACUUUUGCA